AUGGUGCUGCCCGACUCACCCCGCGCGUCGACUUGCAACCCGGUCCCCGGCUUCCACGUCUACCCGCAGGCCUCCCGCCUCUCCGGGGAGUGCUCACCCGACGUGAGCGUGGUCGCGCCUUCCACGCCCGCGCCCGCGCCCAUCGACCUCAAUGCCACCCCGGUGGUCGGUGGCUCGUCGUUCGGCGGCACGAGGAAACGCGCGCGACAGACGCCGGCCGGCGGGCUCCCGGACGCCCGUAACCUGUUCGAGGAAAUGCCGUCCGCCGUCGACGAGGACUACAUGCAAAACCUCAUCUUCGAGGAUGGUGCACCGGGCGCUGGCUACGAUCCCGACGAGACACAAAGCCAGGACGGUCGCGGGGCAUUCACGCCGGCCGCUGGCUAUGAUCCCGAUCAGGCGGCCUUCAUGCGUGAUCAGGUCGGCAUCGACCUGGAUGGCUUCCCCUUUGACCACGAGUUCCCGGAGGACUAUGGGCUAGAGGAAGAGGACGAGUGCGACAUCGAAGUGGAGUCUUUGUUCGAGGACGAGCUCGCCAACCAAACCGCCGGUCCUAAGCCAAAGCGCAAGAGCAAGCGCACGAAGGCGUACACAGCUGCCGAGGACAAGCUUAUUUGCGAGUGUUGGCGAGACAUUGGACAAGACCCAAAGACGGGCGCCGAGCAAAAGCAUUCGACCUUUUGGACUCGUGUGCACCGCGAGUUUCAUGAUCGCAAGAAGUUUCCACCUUACCAAUUUGUGAGCACGCGCGGGUGGGUCUCCAUUUCCAAGCGGUGGAGGGUGAUGCAACAAGAGUGCAACAAGUUUUGCGCCACCCUUGAGAGCGUCAAGGCCCGCCCCGUAAGCGGCAUCGGCGUGCAAGACAUGGUAUGAUAGCAAGCAAGCCGCCCUCUUUUGUGCCAUCAAGAUCAUCCUUUUAUGUCUUCAUUUGCUAUCACUUGCCCAUAUGCUUGCAUGGAAACAUUUUGUAGGCAUUUCAAGCUUUCGAGGCAUUCAAGGUUCAACACAAUGGCAAGUGCUUCAACCUCUCCCAUUGCUAUCGGGUCAUCAAGGACGAAGAGAAGUUCAAGGCACAAUA